GCCAGGUGGCGGUUCCUGUUGGCUUUCCAGUUUGCACAGAGGGAAGGUGUGGCGGCAGGUUUCCGGUUCAGUGAAAAAAACAGAGAAAAAGAGGAACCUCCUGUGGUUGUCAUGGCGUCUUUAUGGGAUGACCUGGAAAGUCUUGUGGACUCUCCAUCCUCCUUCUCAGCAAAACCUGGAGAGAGAGGAACCGUCGUGCCAAUAGCAAACUUUGAUGCAGGAAAGGAUGCUGAGGCUCUGAGGAAGGCCAUCGAAGGCCUUGGCACCAAGGAGAAGGUCCUGAUUGACAUCUUGACCCAGAGGAGCAACGCUCAGAGGCAGCUCAUCUGUAAAGCUUAUCAGGAAGCCACUGGCAGAACGUUACUGGACGACCUGAAAGGCGACACCCACGGUGACUUUGAGGACGUGCUGGUGGCGCUCAUCACGCCUCCGGCAGCGUACGACUGCCAUGAAGUGAUGCGGGCCAUCAAAGGAGCUGGAACUAAAGAAAGUAUCCUGAUUGAAAUCUUUGCCUCCAGAUCCAACCAACAAAUCAAAGCUCUGAGUGACGUCUAUUUGAAAGACACACAGAAGCAGUUGACUGUCAACCUGGAGAAGGAAGUUUCUGGAGACUUUUCCAAAGCGCUGCUCCUCCUGGCUCAGGGUAAAAGGGAUGAGAGCACCACUGUCAAUACAGAGAAGGCAACAGCAGACGCCAAGACUCUUUACGAUGCUGGAGAGAAAAAAUGGGGAACGGAUGAAUCUAAAUUCAUCGACAUCCUCUGCCAAAGAAGCAUACCUCAACUCAGACAGACUCUUGUUGAAUAUAAGAACAUCAGUGGAAAGACUCUGCAGCAAAGCAUCGAAUCAGAGAUGUCAGGAGAACUGGAGGAGCUGCUGGUGGCUGUAGUGAAAUGUGUGAAGAGCGUACCGGCCUACUUUGCAGAACGCCUCUAUGAGAGCAUGAAGGGCGGUGGAACAGAUGAGUCGACCCUGAAUCGGAUCAUGGUGAGUCGGUCUGAGAUUGAUCUGCAGGACAUCAGAGCGGAGUUCAAGAAGCUCUACAGCUACUCACUGCACUCAGCCAUCGAGUCUGAGUGCGGUGGGGAUUAUAAGAAGACUCUGCUAAAAAUUUGCGGAGGAGAUGAUGAGUCCUAAAGGCAGCAUGUUGUCUCUUCUCUCGCUCGGAUUUUAACGCUUCACCUUGAACAUCCACUUGGACUUUUAUUUGUUGCUCCCACCAAACGACCGACUUUUGCCACAGUAGGGUUUUGGUAGUUCACUGUGCAUUUGAAGCUUUAUUUGCACUGUAGUGGUGUUUUUUCCCUCCUGCCUGUUGAAAACUGGCUAAAAAUAUAGAAGAUGUCACAGCCAACAUGCUGCUGUACAAUAGUACAUGAUGAAUUAACAUAUAUGAUUUUGGUGUGUCACUGUUCCUCUUUGUUAUCUGCUUAUAUAUCUUUACUGUUUUCCUUCUGGUGUCACUGGAACUUUCUUAAAUAAUAAACCUUAUAAAUCACU